GGCGCCAAAAAACCCUUAUCCGUCGCCCCCCAACUGGAACUGAAACCGGCGGAACCCUAAGAUUCAGCGGCCGAAAUUCAAGCUCUGAAUCUGAACCAUGCUCGACGUAGCCACCAUUUCAACGAAUCCUGCCUCUUCUUAUGCUGCUAUCGCCUUUCAAUUUCGCCGUCCAAAAUGCUCCAACAUCCGCCAUCAAUGGCGGAUCACAGCUUCCUCUGCCGCCUCCACCGUUGAUCUCACCACUCUUCAAUCCGCCGUCGACAAGAAAGAUAGUAACGCAGUUAAGGAGGCGCUGGAUCAGCUGAGGGAAGUUGGUUGGGCGAAGAAAUGGGGUUCUCAGCCGUAUGUAUCSCGCCGUACGACUUCUCUUCGAGAGCUGACAACACUUGGAAUUAAAAAUGCAGAGAAUCUUGCUAUUCCUAGCGUCAGAAAUGAUGCAGCUUUCCUUUUCACAGUGGUGGGAACGACUGGAUUUUUGGGCGUCCUUGCUGGGCAGCUUCCUGGGGAUUGGGGCUUCUUUGUGCCAUACUUGAUUGGGAGCAUUUCGCUAGUGGUUUUGGCUGUGGGAAGCAUUUCUCCUGGGCUCCUUCAAGCUGCCAUAGAUGGCUUUUCAUCAUUUUUUCCUGAUUAUCAAGAAAGAAUUGCUGGACAUGAAGCUGCACACUUCUUGGUUGCUUACUUGCUUGGACUUCCUAUUCUGGAUUAUUCACUGGACAUCGGAAAGGAGCAUGUCAAUCUCAUUGAUCAAAGAUUAGAAAAGUUGAUAUAUAGUGGGCAGCUUGAUGAUAAGGAACUUGACAGGUUGGCAGUGGUGGCUAUGGCCGGACUUGCAGCAGAAGGUUUAAAAUAUGACAAAGUAGUUGGUCAAUCUGCUGAUCUCUUCACUCUACAGAGGUUUAUCAACAGAUCGAAACCGAAACUUGGUAAUGAUCAGCAACAGAACCUGACCAGAUGGGCUGUUUUGUUUUCUGGUUCCCUUCUGAAGAAUAACAAAUCCAUGCAUGAAGCCCUCAUCAAAGCAAUGACAGAGAAAGCAUCUGUAAUAGAAUGCUUUGAGGCUAUUGAGAAAGCUGCCUAGCUGGGCAGGUUAACCAGUUGGAGCAAAAUCAAGCUCAACCAUGCUUUCUCCCUCCUUUUGGCUCCUCCUCUUUCACUUCCCAACAAUGCCUUCUCUGGCGUCGAUGGCUUCGUCCUUGUCGGUCUGGGACUAUGAGGAUCACCCUAUCUCCAUUUAAAAGGAAGGGUAAUUGUAGAUGUUUUUUCAAGGGUGGCAGUUUAAUCUAUCUAUAAGGGGAGGAGAAAAUUAUUUUUGGCUCUAGCUUCACUGUAAUGUGGUUCUUUAUCCUAUUUCCUUAUGAAUUAAAAAGUAUUUCAAUUGGUUAAGAAACCUUAGCGGUGAUUGGCGAGAAGAUAAGAAAAAUUUCUUCCAUACAAGUCCAAUUUAUCUUCAA